CACAUCAUCUGGCUUUUUCUCUGGUUGUGGCCAAGCCCCUAACAAUAAGUCUCUUCUUUCCAUCUGAAACUACCUUAAUAACUUAUUAGCCACUACAAGUCUACAAGUACAAGAUCCUCUCUCUCUCUUUCACUUUCUAUCUCCUCCUCUCCCUCUUAAAAAGUUCAAGGAUCUGGGAAAAACGAAUAAGAGAAAUAGGAAUAUUAAUUAAUUAAUUAAUUAAAGGAAAAAAAUGUUAAUCUGAAUAUUUCAGAACCCAAAACCCAAAAAAACAAACAAACUAGAGCUACCUAAAACAGAGCAAGAAGUUGAUAUGGGUGGGGUUACUUCAUCGAUGGCGGCAAAGUUUGCUUUUUUUCCACCCAACCCACCUACAUACAAGCUCACCACAGAUGCCCUUACUGGUCUCUUGCUUCUCAGUCCGUUUCCACACCGUGAAAAUGUUGAAAUCCUGAAGUUACCAACUAGAAAAGGCACUGAGAUAGUGGCAAUGUAUAUAAGGUAUCCCAUGGCUAGCUCAACUUUGUUGUAUUCUCAUGGAAACGCUGCCGAUCUGGGUCAGAUGUAUGAGCUAUUCAUCGAAUUAAGCAUCCACUUGAGGGUUAAUCUCAUGGGAUAUGACUAUUCUGGUUAUGGGCAAUCAACUGGAAAGGCAAGUGAGCAACACACUUAUGCCGAUAUUGAAGCUGCAUAUAAGUGCCUUGAGGAAAGUUAUGGUACAAAGCCGGAAGAUAUCAUCCUUUAUGGCCAAUCUGUUGGAAGUGGCCCUACUUUGGAUCUUGCCACUCGAUUGCCUCAGUUAAAGGCUGUUGUUCUGCAUAGUCCCAUACUUUCUGGCUUAAGAGUCAUGUAUCCUGUAAAGCGUACAUACUGGUUUGACAUUUAUAAGAAUAUUGACAAGAUUCCGCUUGUAAAUUGUCCCGUUCUUAUCAUUCAUGGAACUUCAGAUGAAGUUGUUGAUUGUUCCCAUGGAAAGCAACUCUGGGAACUGUGUAAGGAGAAAUAUGAACCACUUUGGCUCAAAGGGGGGAGCCACUGCAAUUUAGAGCACUACCCCGAGUACAUCAGGCAUCUCAAGAAAUUCAUUUCAACAGUAGAGAAAUCUCCUUCCCAGAGGUUUAGUUCCAGGAGAAGCACAGACCACUUUGAACAGCCUCGGAAGAGCACUGAUUUCUUUGAGGUUUCAAGGAAGAGUACAGACAGGCGAGAGAAGCCAAGACUUAGCACAGAAAGACCUGAAAAACUGAAAAACCAUUCUAAUAAUGCUGACAAGCUUGAAAAACUGCGAAUGUCUUUUGACCAGAUUGAAAGAUCUCGGCGGAGUGUGGACUGUCAUGAUAAAUCACGAAAAAGCAUUGACCACCAGUUGGAAAGAGCCCGAAAAAGCGUUGAUCGGUUGGAUAGAAUAAGAAAUGGGUAAUACUACUGAAGAAGAAAGAAAUUUGCACUGGUUUGGUGUUGUGGGGAAUGUAUUUGGCUUUCUUUUUGUAAUUUAUUUAUUAUGAGUUUGUGGCUGCAUUGUUGGCUUGUGGUAUCUCUAUAAUAGCAAUGGCAUGAAAUGAGGAAAAGGUAUGACAUUAUUAUGGGAUAGCCUUAUCUGCCUGUAAACCCAUGUUAUCAAUGUAUCACAAAUACAAAGUGAAACAUAACCAUGUAUAGAAAAGGACCACUUUGAAAGAGAAA